AGAAAUCUCCAGCCACUGUGACAUCAGUAUCAAGAUCAAGCUCAAUACAGGAUCGCAUCAGGAAGGCCGCCCUGUAGGCAAGACUUCCGACAUCCAACUCAACUGAGCUGAGCGGCGGCCGCGGGACACUGAAUUACCUGCCGCACGCCGGGGACACGCAGGCAGGUCUGUCAGGCCAUCAAGCCCCUCAACACCACCACCACCACCACCACCACCAGCGUCAUGGAGGCUGCAGGGAGGGACGGCAGGAUGGCAGGACGGAGACAGGUGAAGAACAUGAACACUGGCGGCAGCCCUGAGGAGUGUCCAGUGUGCCUGACAGGCUAUGAUGGCACCGUGCAGCGGCCGCGCACCCUGCCCUGUGGCCACACUGUCUGCACGCUGUGCAUAGACCAGCUGGAGGAGCAGGGCCGCGUUACCUGCCCAGAGUGCCGCGUCAACCAUGCUGUGCCCGAGGGAGGGCAGUUCCCUGUCAGCUAUGCUGUUGAGGCCUUUAUGAUGAGAGACGCUGAGGUGGCAGCAGCAGCAGCAGCCUUGCCGCCACCCAGCACCGGGGAAGCAGCAGCCUCGCCACCACCCAGUGCCGGGGAAGCAGCAGCAGCAGCAGCAGCAGCUGGCAAGAAGGAGGCGGCGGGUCUCUCCAAGAAAAUGCGUUCCUUCCUGCAGGAACAGGAGGCCACAGUUGUGGCCGCCAUCACCGCCUGCCGGGAGGCUCAGUCGCAGCUGGACCAGUACCAGACGACCCUGGCAGGCUGGGGCAAGCAGCAGCAGCAGCUGGAGGACAGGCUCCUGGGACUGGUGGACCAGAGCAGGAGUGCCAGGGAGCUCCUGCAGCAGGAAGAGUCCCGUGUGGCGGCCAAGGAGGAGGAGCUGAAGAAGGAGGAGCAGGGGCUGCAGGCCAUGCUGGAGACGUUGCGCACCCUUGCAACAGAGCAAGAAGCAGCCGCAGCGAUGCCUGAAGUGUUUCGUUGGACUGGCGAGGCAGAGCAGGCGGUGGAGGAGUGCCGAGAAGGUUUUCCUGAUGCCAGCACCGUCACCACCGCCAGGAAGGUGAACGUGGCAUCUAGUGCAGCCCUGGAGGCUGUCCAGGCUGUCCAGGCAGCUCUGGAAACACUUGCUACAGAGGAGCCCAGGCCCCAGGCAGACCCAGACUCCACCGUCAUGGACAGACUGCACCUCAUCUGUACAUGGAGCGUGACGGCCGAGGACCUCCGCAGCCUGACGCAGCCCGCCAGGCGCCUGCUGGAGGCUGGCCGGGUGUUUGCUGUCCACCAGGCGGAAGGUCAGCGCCGACACGCAAGAAUAAGCCUUGAAGCCGGCCAGCUGUGCCUCCACGCCCUGAAGGACCAUCCCCCGCCACUGGGCGCGGCAACCCUGCAGGUGAGCGAGGUUGUGCCGCCCUCCCCCCCCUGCACGGUGUUCCUGGACCUGUCCUGGCCGGGCAGCGCGCCGCGGCGGGUACAAAUCCGUCUGAGCCCCGACACCCCUCGAGGCAGACAGUUCUUACUGUUGUGCACGGGGCAGCGCGGCCCCUCCUACGUUAACACCAGGUUGUGUGGAGUAGGGAGCAAGGCGGAGGCGGGAGAGUGUGUGAAGGGCGGGGACUAUGAGAGUAACGAUGGGGAAGGGUCAUCCGUCCUGCUGCCUGGCCUUGAUGAGGGUGAGUACCGAAAGUCAGGCCGGGCGGGGGAUGUGUGUGGGCUGGUGUGGACUGACCGUACCCGGGGUGAGUGUGGUCAUUUUGGCAUCUACACCAGAGACCGUAAGGAUGGUGGUGAUGGUCUUGUCUUCGGUGAGGUGGUGGACGGACUGCACGUGGUGGCCGAGGCAGCCCAACACAGGGACAUUAAGGAGGUGACUGUGGCGGACUGUGGCGUGGUGUUGUGAGGGUAAUGACCACCACCACCACAGCAAGGUUAUGGAGGUGACUGUGGCGUGGUGUUGUGAGGGUAAUGGCCACCACCACCACCACCACAGCAAGGUUAUGGAGGUGACUGUGGUGUGGUGUUGUGAGGGUAAUGGCCACCACCACCACCACCACAGCAAGGUUAUGGAGGUGACUGUGGUGUGGUGUUGUGAGGGUAAUGGCCACCACCACCACCACCACCACAGCAAGGUUAUGGAGGUGACUGUGGUGUGGUGUUGUGAGGGUAAUGGCCACCACCACCACCACCACCACCACAGCAAGGUUAUGGAGGUGACUGUGGUGUGGUGUUGUGAGGGUAAUGGCCACCACCACCACCACCACCACAGCAAGGUUAUGGAGGUGACUGUGGUGUGGUGUUGUGAGGGUAAUGGCCACCACCACCACCACCACAGCAAGGUUAUGGAGGUGACUGUGGUGGUUCUUUAUUUUUUGUAACAUCCAGGGUGAUGAUUUGUGCAUUACAUAAACACUUGAUAAUAUAAUCUCUUAUUUCUUGCUGCAUUCCUGUAACAUCCAGGGUGAUAUUUUGUGCAUUACAUAAACACUUGAUAAUAUAAUCUCUUAUUUCUUGCUGCAUUCCUGUAACAUCCAGGGUGAUAUUUUGUGCAUUACAUAAACACUUGAUAAUAUAAUCUCUUAUUUCUUGCUGCAUUCCUGUAACAUCCAGGGUGAUGAUUUGUGCAUUACAUGAACACUUGAUAAUAUAAUCUCUUAUUUCUUGCUGCAUUCCUGUAACAUCCAGGGUGAUAUUUUGUGCAUUACAUAAACACUUGAUAAUAUAAUCUCUUAUUUCUUGCUGCAUUCCUGUAACAUCCAGGGUGAUAUUUUGUGCAUUACAUAAACACUUGAUAAUAUAAUCUCUUAUUUCUUGCUGCAUUCCUGUAACAUCCAGGGUGAUAUUUUGUGCAUUACAUAAACACUUGAUAUAAUCUCUUAUUUUUCGCUGCAUUCUUGUAACAUCCAGGGCGAUACUCUGCGUGAUGUUUUGUGCAUUGCAUAAAUACUGGAUGUAAUGUGAUAGUUUCUUGGGGCAUCCUUGUAACAUGUUUUGUGCAUUACAUAAAUACUGGAUGUAAUGUGAUAGUUUCUUGGGGCAUCCUUGUAACAUGUUUUGUGCAUUACAUAAAUACUGGAUGUAAUGUGUUAGUUUCUUGGGGCAUCCUUGUAACAUGUUUUGUGCAUUACAUAAAUACUGGAUGUAAUGUGAUAGUUUCUUGGGGCAUCCUUGUAACAUGUUUUGUGCAUUACAUAAAUACUGGAUGUAAUGUGAUAGUUUCUUGGGUCAUCCUUGUAACAUGUUUUGUGCAUUUCAUAAAUACUGGAUGUAAUGUGAUAGUUUCUUGGGGCAUCCUUGUAACAUGUUUUGUGCAUUACAUAAAUACUGGAUGUAAUGUGAUAGUUUCUUGGGACAUCCUUGUAACAUGUUUUGUGCAUUACAUAAAUACUGGAUGUAAUGUGAUAGUUUCUUGGGGCAUCCUUGUAACAUGUUUUGUGCAUUACAUAAAUACUGGAUGUAAUGUGAUAGUUUCUUGGGACAUCCUUGUAACAUGUUUUGUGCAUUACAUAAAUACUGGAUGUAAUGUGAUAGUUUCUUGGGGCAUCCUUGUAACAUGUUUUGUGCAUUACAUAAAUACUGGAUGUAAUGUGAUAGUUUCUUGGGGCAUCCUUGUAACAUGUUUUGUGCAUUACAUAAAUACUGGAUGUAAUGUGAUAGUUUCUUGGGGCAUCCUUGUAACAUGUUUUGUGCAUUACAUAAAUACUGGAUGUAAUGUGAUAGUUUCUUGGGGCAUCCUUGUAACAUGUUUUGUGCAUUACAUAAAUACUGGAUGUAAUGUGAUAGUUUCUUGGGGCAUCCUUGUAACAUGUUUUGUGCAUUACAUAAAUACUGGAUGUAAUGUGAUAGUUUCUUGGGGCAUCCUUGUAACAUGUUUUGUGCAUUACAUAAAUACUGGAUGUAAUGUGAUAGUUUCUUGGGACAUCCUUGUAACAUGUUUUGUGCAUUACAUAAAUACUGGAUGUAAUGUGAUAGUUUCUUGGGGCAUCCUUGUAACAUGUUUUGUGCAUUACAUAAAUACUGGAUGUAAUGUGAUAGUUUCUUGGGGCAUCCUUGUAACAUGUUUUGUGCAUUACAUAAAUAUACUUGAUACAAAG